GUGCUAGCUCCGGGGGCGGGGCGGUAGCGGGAGUGAGGGCCGCUCGGACUCCGGUGCACUGGGGCCCCCUCCGUGGGCCCCACAACUCGGUCCCCGGGCCGCCCCUACGCGCUAGGGUGGGCCGGGACCUGUUUCCGGGAACGGGAGCCGCCGCCUUCGUCAGGAGCACAAUGGCAGCCACAGUCAGGAGGCAGAGGCCAAGGAGGCCAGCCUGUUGGGCCUUGAUGACUGUGCUCUUGGCAGAUCUGUUGGCGCUGAGUGACACGCUGGCAGUGAUGUCUGUGGAUCUGGGCAGCGAAUCCAUGAAGGUGGCCAUCGUCAAACCUGGAGUGCCCAUGGAAAUUGUCUUGAACAAGGAAUCCCGGAGGAAAACUCCAGUGACUGUAACCCUGAAAGAAAAUGAAAGAUUCUUUGGAGACAGUGCAGCAGGCAUGGCCAUCAAGAAUCCAAAGGCUACCCUGCGUUACUUCCAGCAUCUCCUGGGGAAGCAAGCAGAUAACCCCCAUGUGACCCUUUACCGGGCCCGUUUCCCAGAGCACGAGCUAAGCUUUGACCCACAGAGGCAGACUGUGUACUUCCAGAUCAGCCCGCAGCUGCAGUUCUCACCUGAGGAAGUACUGGGCAUGGUUCUUAAUUACUCCCGUUCCCUGGCUGAAGAUUUUGCAGAGCAGCCCAUCAAGGAUGCAGUAAUCACCGUGCCAGCAUUCUUCAACCAGGCCGAGCGCCGAGCAGUGCUGCAGGCUGCUCGCAUGGCUGGCCUCAAAGUGCUGCAGCUCAUCAAUGACAACACCGCCACCGCCCUCAGCUAUGGUGUCUUCCGCAGGAAAGAUAUCAACACCACUGCCCAGAAUGUUAUGUUCUAUGACAUGGGCUCAGGCAGCACUGUUUGUACCGUUGUGACUUACCAGACUGUGAAGACUAAAGAAGCCGGCAUGCAGCCACAGCUGCAGAUCCGGGGCGUAGGGUUUGACCGUACCCUGGGGGGCCUGGAGAUGGAGCUCCGACUGCGUGAGCACCUGGCUAAGCUGUUCAAUGAGCAGCGCAAGGGCCAGAGAGCAAAGGAUGUGCGGGAGAACCCACGUGCCAUGGCCAAGCUGUUACGUGAGGCUAAUCGGCUCAAAACCGUCCUGAGUGCCAAUGCGGACCACAUGGCACAGAUCGAGGGCCUGAUGGACGAUGUCGACUUCAAGGCAAAAGUGACUCGAGUGGAGUUUGAGGAGUUGUGUGCAGACCUGUUUGAGCGGGUGCCUGGGCCUGUACAGCAGGCCCUCCAGAGUGCCGAAAUGAGUUUGGACGAGAUUGAGCAGGUCAUCCUUGUGGGUGGGGCCACUCGGGUCCCCAAAGUUCAGGAGGUGCUGCUGAAGGCCGUGGGCAAGGAGGAGCUAGGAAAGAACAUCAACGCAGAUGAAGCGGCCGCCAUGGGGGCUGUGUACCAGGCAGCUGCACUCAGCAAAGCCUUCAAGGUGAAGCCAUUUGUAGUGCGAGAUGCAGUGGUCUACCCCAUCCUGGUGGAGUUCACAAGGGAGGUAGAGGAGGAGCCUGGGGUUCGUAGCCUGAAGCACAAUAAACGUGUACUCUUCUCCCGGAUGGGGCCUUACCCUCAACGCAAAGUCAUCACCUUUAACCGCUACAGCCAUGAUUUCAACUUCCACAUCAACUACGGUGACCUGGGCUUCCUGGGGCCUGAGGAUCUUCGGGUAUUUGGCUCCCAGAAUCUGACCACAGUGAAGCUGAAAGGUGUGGGUGAGAGCUUCAAGAAGUAUCCCGACCAUGAGUCCAAGGGCAUCAAGGCUCACUUCAACCUGGACGAGAGUGGUGUGCUCACUCUAGACAGGGUGGAGUCUGUAUUUGAGACAUUGGUGGAGGACAGCCCAGAAGAGGAGUCUACUCUCACCAAACUUGGCAACACCAUUUCCAGCCUGUUUGGAGGUGGUACCACACCAGAUGCCAAAGAGAAUGGUACUGAUACUGUCCAGGAGGAGGAGGAGAGCCCUGCUGAAGGGAGCAAGGACGAGCCUGGGGAGCAAGCAGAGGUCAAGGAGGAAGCUGAGGCCCCCGUGGAGGAUCCUUCUCAGUCCCCACCUUCUGAGUCUAAGGGUGAUGCAGUCCCUGAGGGAGAAAAGGUUGCAGAAAAAGAAAACGGGGACAAGUCUGAGGCCCAGAAACCAAGUGCGAAGGGGGAGGCCGGGCCCGAGGGCAUCCCUCCAGCCACAGAGGAGGAGAAGCAGCAGAAGCCUGCCCGGAAGCAGAAAAUGGUAGAGGAGAUCGGGGUGGAGCUGGUGGUUCUGGACCUGCCUGACUUGCUAGAGGAUGAGAUGGCUCGUUCAGUGCAGAAACUUCAAGACCUGACACUCCGAGACCUAGAGAAGCAGGAACGGGAGAAAGCCGCCAAUAGCUUAGAAGCUUUCAUCUUUGAGACCCAGGACAAGCUGUACCAUGCGGAGUACCAGGAAGUGUCCACCGAGGAACAGCGGGAGGAGAUCUCUCAGAAACUCAGCACCACGUCCACCUGGCUGGAGGACGAGGGCUUUGGGGCCACCACAGUGAUGUUGAAGGAGAAGCUGGCUGAGCUGCGGAAGCUGUGCCAAGGGCUGUUUUUCCGGGUGGAAGAGCGCAAGAAGUGGCCGGAACGGCUGUCUGCCCUCGAUAACCUCCUCAACCAUUCCAGCAUGUUCCUCAAGGGAGCCCGGCUCAUCCCAGAAAUGGACCAGAUCUUCACUGAGGUGGAGAUGACCACGUUAGAGAAAGUCAUCAAUGAGACCUGGGCCUGGAAGAACGCAACUAUGGCCGAGCAGGCCAAGCUUCCUGCCACUGAGAAGCCUGUGUUGCUCUCAAAAGACAUCGAGGCCAAGAUGAUGGCCUUGGACCGUGAGGUGCAGUAUCUGCUCAAUAAGGCCAAGUUUGCUAAGCCCCGGCCCCGGCCCAAGGACAAGAAUGGGACCCGGGCAGAGCCUCCCCUCAAUGCCAGUACCAGUGACCAGGGGGAGAAGGUCAUCCUUCCAGCAGGCCAGACUGAAGAUACAAAGCCCAUUUUAGAACCUGAGAAAGUAGUGCCUGCAGGAUCUGAACCAGUAGACACCGAGCCUCUGGAGUUAGGCGGUCCUGGAGCAGAACCUGAACAGGAGGAGCCACUGACGGGACAGAAGCGACCUUUGAAGAAUGAUGAACUAUAACCCCCACCUUACAUGUCCCUAUUCAUCUCCACCCCCUUCUCCUACCACCUCUAUUUAUUAAACAUUGAGGGUCAGGGGAGGGGGUGGUCCUGCCCUCAGGGGUUCAAGUUCCUUUUCUCUCACCUGAGAUUGGAGGUGUGGAGAAGGGGAGGGAAGGGACAGCUCAUCAGUUCCUUCUGGAGUAGCUCUGUGGUUAAAAACUGAAACUGUUCUUUCCCCAGUCCCACCCCCUGGUUCCCUACCCAUCCAGGCCCUAAAUUUGGGAAAAAUCACUAUUGUGUCUUAAUUCUUUUGUGGGUAGGUGAGAGAAUGAUGGACUGAGACCCGGUAGUGGGAAGGAUGUCCUGGGAUAUUGGAGAGUUUCCAGACUUCUCUGGCCGUCCUUCUUUCCCUCCUUUCUUCCACCAUGAAAUCCUUUUUGGGCCAGUGUCUAUAGAGCCUUGGUUACCAGGUUUGGUUUCUGAGUGCCUAUUCUCCCUCCAAGAUCUGUUUCCUUUGAAAUCCCGCCCCUCCCCCAUGGGCACCCCCUCCAUCUGCUCUUCCCACUGGUUUCCUGGGCUUCCUGGCGCAAGUCGGGGAGUCCUCUGCCCCUCGCCCAAAGCCCUUCCAUCUGGACUGGCUGGAGUAAAUCUGAAAUAUUCCUACCCACAUAUACUGCCCCUAGUGGCCGGAGAAGGCAGGGAGAAAGUGAAAAAGGGAAUCCACUGCCACUCCAGGGAGUGAGAUAUGUGAAAGCCCCAGAUCUCCCACCUGUGGGCUGUUGGUCCCAGGAACGCUGUGUGAAGUGGUUGGCAUGGGAUGCCAGCAUCCUGCAAGCACUGUCAAAAUCUGCAUCUUCCCUGUAACCUGGUCCCCAGGGUCCUGUGACAACCUGCCCCCUCUCCUGCUGUCCUCCCAGCUUGAGCCUUCCCCUCACCUCAUUAACUCCUGGGCUGACCAAAAUGUGCUUUCUACUGUGAGCCCCUAUCCCAAGACCCUGGGAGAAGGAGAGACCAAGGUGUGAAUGUAAAACUGCCACCUCACACUUUGAGACGGGCCUUGUGGGUGAAGGAAGUAGAUCAGGGGCUGGCCUUCCUCACAUGCAUUGCUCUGCUAGGAUGGGGGCCCCUCACCCACCAUGCAAAGCCUAGGGAGCCUGUCCUCCAGUAUUCCGUAUGUUGCAGGAGCUAGGGCUGCUGCCCCAGCUCCAGAACAAGGGCGAACCUGGUUGUGUCAGUCAUUUUGUCUUUUUUUUUUUUUUUUUUUUGCCACAUUGGCAGAGAUGAGACCUAAGGGUCCUAACCCCCACCCCCACCCCUUCCACUCUUUGUUUGAAUUCUUUCAUUAGCAGUUGAGGCUGGUUGGACAGGUUUGAGUCAAAUUGUACUUUGCUCCAUUGUUAAUUGAGAAACUUUCAAUAAAAUAUUCUUUUCUACAGUU